UCUUUUUUUUCCCAUGAAAAAUUCUGAUUGGAUUUGGCAUCCUGGUACGGCUAUGAAAGUAAUAUUUUGCUGAAUCAUCUAAAGCUUUCUUGGGAUUUGAGUUUGAGCAUUUCUGACAAUGUCAGAAAAAGAAGAUGUUGCUACUAAAGCCCGAGCCUUCACAGAAAAGUUUCAGUAUGGACCAUGGAACAUUGUAUCAGUAAAAAGUCACAUACUGAAUUCAGAGGGCCCAGCCAGAGAAAGGUUUGAGUCCCAGUUAGAGCUUCCUCAGGUCCCUGAGAUGAUCUUUGCUGACAAUGUAUUAAGGAUUGUGCAUUCAGAUGGGUACGGGAUAGAGUUCAAUGCUUUAGAUGCACUGAAGUGUGUGGAUGCUCACCAUGAUCCUCUCAAAGUUGCUGUUUCUCAAGCUUGGAGGGAGGCAAGGGCUGAUUGUGAACACAUUAAUGAUGUAGUGAAACCAUUUGAUUGGACCUACACCACAGACUACAAAGGAACUCUGAUAGAAAAGUCUGGAAAUAAGAUUACUGUUACAGAAACAAGUGACAGAAUUAACUUGGAGAAACUUAAGGUCAGAGAGAAGAUUUUGUUUUAUGAAGACAUACUGCUCUUUGAAGAUGAGCUAGCUGAUAAUGGAGCAUCACUGCUGAAUGUCAGAAUGAGAGUAAUGCCAUCAGGUUUCUUUGUUCUGCUAAGAUUCUACAUGAGAGUGGACAAUGUUAUGAUUCGAGUGAAUGACACAAGGCUGCAUUAUGAGGCUGGUAAUAACUAUAUGCUGAGAGAAUUUGCAAGCAAAGAAGACAAAGUCAAAGAUAUCACGGUGUCACCCCAUAAACACACAGAUCCAAAUGAGAUGGCCAAUCACCUCACACAAAGGAGGGAAGUGUGUGAAAAGUUACUAUUUCCAGAGACUUCUAGUGAUAAUAAAAGCUAGCAGUGUUCUAGCUUAUAUAACUCUGAAGCAGAAAUUUGAUAGGGAGGAGAUGAAAGGUAUCAGAGACAUUGCAAUAUGUGACACUCAUGUUAAAAGCUAUUCUUGGUAUAAAUAUUUUGGUUGUGUACAAACAUGAUGACAGGGACAAGAGUGGUGAAACAAUUUUUAUUAUUUUGUAUUAUGAAAGUAUGUAUAAUUUUGACAAGACUGGUUGUUAUGUCUGUUUAUACAAAAAACGUUUUGAUGGAACAUUUUAAGAAAUCUUAAAUGUGAAUAAAUUCUCAAAAGUACCAAGUCAA